CGACAACGAUCCUAAUAAAAGCUAUUAUUUGAAAGAAAUCGUUCAGUUUUGUUCGAGACUUACAGAAAAUGUUGUUUCCUUCAUUAUGGCCUUUUAUCAUUCUCAUAGUGCCAAGCUUAAACUAUUCCCCAAGAAAGCAAAUGUGCAAGCCGAAGCACCACUACUGGAAACCUUAUGUAGCUACAGGAGUCGAUCCAGUAGAUGCUUUUCCAAUUGGAAUGCCUAAAAACUACACUAGAACCUAUAUUGCUAGAGUAACUGUUCCCUACAGACAAUGGUCAAGGGUAGUUCCGGCUCAAUUGAUGUACGACCAUGUAGAAUCUCCCUCUAUUUAUGGUGUGAAUGGCUCUAUUGAGAGAUAUGCAGAUGGUCUUGAAGUACUCCAUGUAACUGAUAAAUCUGAAUAUCACUGGAUGCCAGUUCACUCUGAUAAGUGUUAUCCUAACGUCAACACAAUAGCGUGUUAUGAACAUACGCAUUUAAUAUGUCAUCAAAUCAUGUCAUGCUGCUGCUUGGUUGAAGGUGGCAUUGUUUGGGAAAAUGAAGAUGAUUUUCAAAUGUAUUAUAUAGGACGGGUCAUCGAAGAUGGGAAGGUAAAAAUAGGCAGGGCCUUGAUGAGGAAAAACAAAAAGUUUGGCGAUGAUGUUGGCAUAUUCUACCUCUCUGGGUGGAAUACUAAAAACAGAAAAAGCAACUUUGAUGUUUUGGCUUACGAUUGUAACACUAAAAUUCCGAAUUGUACUGCUAUGGUGCGGUCUAUGUAUAGUAGUCCAAAUAUAGAGAGGAGAUGGAGAACUUUAGAUGAUUAAAGAUUAUCUCUCAUGUAUUCUUAUUUUUGUACUUUCAAUGGAACAAUAAAAUAAAUUGAAUAAUCA